AAAUCACCAAACAGAAGGGAAAGCCUAAAGAGAAACACACACAAUGAAAAAGGCAAAAGGCAGAAAAAAGCUGUCAAAACCCUCCCUCCUAUUCUUUUAAAAACACUCAAACAUUCCCAAACCCCCAAAACCAUACAUCUGAAUUCUGAACAGAAAGAACUUUGGAAAGCAAAGCGAGGAAAAUAAGAGAAACAGAGGAAAAGAGGAGAAAAUUGGCAGUGUUACCAUGAAAGGCAGAGAAGGCAAAACAGCUCCUUCAGCAGAUUUGUUAGUAUGUUUCCCAUCUCGAGCCCACCUCACUCUAAUGCCAAAGCCAAUUUGCAGCCCUGCCAGACCAUCAGAGCCCACCAAGCGCCACCACAACCACCACCCUCACCACCACCGUCUCCUCAAGAAAUCCAGCACCAGAAGUGGCAGCUUAGCAAGUCCUCUCUUGUGGAACAAGAACAAGCAAAUGGGUUCCGAAAUCUCCGAACCAACCUCACCGAAAGUCACCUGUGCCGGGCAGAUCAAAGUCAGACACAAAACCAGCUCGUGCAAGAACUGGCAGUCCGUCAUGGAGGAAAUUGAGAGAAUUCACAACAGCAGGAAGAACAGCAAAAAGAGACCCAGUUGGAUCGAGUCUCUUGGCUUCAAAAAGGAAAUCAUGCAGUUCUUGACAUGCUUGCGAAGCAUCCGACUGGAUUUUCGUUGCUUUGGGAUAUUUCCUCAAACAGAUACCACCACUGACGACGAGGAUCAGGAAGAAGACGAUGAAAAAUAUCAGCGCAACCUCAUCGACCAUGCGGGUAAUGAUGGGAAUGAAGCUUCCAGAACCAUUUUCUCACAAUGGUUCAUGGUACUUCAAGAAAAUCAAAACAAUGGGUUCUGCAACGAACAGAAAACAGAGAGGGAAACUCCUCAUCACAGCACUGACAACGUUCAGGCCGCAAUUCCCCCACCAAAUGCUUUGCUUCUUAUGCGAUGUAGGUCUGCUCCGGCAAAGAGCUGGCAAGAAGAGAAAGAAGAAGACAAAGAAAAUAAAAGGGAACGAGCAGAAGUUGAAGAGAAAGAAGAAAUGGGGAAGAAAGGUGAAACUAGAAAGAACUUGAGGACAUUAAUGGAUGAAGAGAAGAGGAAUAAGGAGAAAGAAGAGACUGAUUUCUAUGAAAUUUCACCGGAUAUAGUAAAAGAAACAUGGAUUGUUGGAGGAACGCAAGAUCCAUUAUCAAGGAGUCGAAGUUGGAAGAGAUGAAGAAUCCUCCCGUACUGGUAUUUACUCUCUUUUUUUUUUUUCCUACAUAGUUUUUUAAAAUAGUUGUUUUGGUUUUGCAUGGACAGCUCCUUAAUUCAUGAAAUUUCCAUUAUGCAAAACACAUUUCUGAUAAUUUUUAACUCUUUUUUUCUUCAAAAAAUAUUUACAUUGGGUGGCUUUUUCUAUUUCUUUUUCUUUUUCUUUUUUUUCGUGGGAGUUUUUUUGUGGGAAAAAUUGGAAGUGAGAUACCAGCUAUAAAAUCCCAACCCUAUAAAUAUUAUUUUUACUGUUUUCUGAGGUGAUGUAAAUGAAUUGUACAGCUUAAUUUCAUUUUCCUUUCAUUAGUAAAGAUCUUGCUGUUUGUUCUUUCAUUCCCUACUCUUUUUUUGGCCAUCUCUUUCAUCCCUGUUCAGAAUCUGGUUCUUGAAAACAUUUGCUUAUGGAGUGGGGGAAUUCCAGACUUUUUAAGAC